CCACGUGGCCAUGGCUCAUCGGAACCUUGCUGCGCUGCUUUUUCACUGCCUCUUUCUGGGAAAGGGAGCCGAUGGCCUGGUGCUGGGAGUCCUCGGCCCUUGGGUGGAGUUGGGUGAUCUGCUCUUGGCUGCGAUGUGUGCAGAUUUGGACUUCCGCAAGAACUUCGACUCCACGUUGCAGCAGAGGCUAGGACAUCCAAUCGUUGCUAUUCCAGAGAUCCACCCCCAAAUGGCCAACGUCUCCUUCCGCUUUGGUGCUACAAUGGGAAAAGCAGAUGUCGGACUCGCUACAGCUCUUGACAUGGUCCUCGGCUUGGAUGGGGAAGAGCCCAUCGUCGGCUUGAUCGGCCCUGCCAUCUCAUCAGUCGCGAUGCCUAUGGCAACAACGGCGGCCGUGCAGCAGAUUCCACAAAUUUCUUUCUCUGCAACUAGCCCCCUCCUUUCGAACAAAUACGCAUAUCCCUACUUCCUGCGAACAGUGCCUCCAGACACAGUUCAAGCGAUUGUGCUUUGGAACUGGAUCCUCGAGUUCGAUGUGCCGCUUGCAAUUUGUUUAUAUACCGAAGAGGCCUAUGGCCAAUCGCUUUUCAAGGCUCUCGGAGCACAGGCCCAAAGUGCUUCGGGCAGUCUACGGCUGGUGGGCCAGGCUGUACGCUACAUGCCGCCCGAUUCCUUUCAAGAAGAGGAGGCUCGAAGAUCUUUGGAGCAGACGAAGAGCCUAGGCUCGCACUUCCUAGUGCUCUUGAUCGAGUUCAGCAUGGUUCCACGGCUGCUGCCUGUGAUGGCAGAGGAGGGACUUCUGGCUUCAGAUUGGCAAGCAAUCGGCUCAGACACUCUGGCCUGGCCUACUUCGCACGCCUUCCUGCCCCUGGGCUGUAUGAUGGUGGUCGCCCGGGGACGAGGCUCCAAGUUCUCCGACUUCAGCGAUCUUUGGUCAAGACUGGAGUAUUCAGACCUUCUGGGAAGCGACGCUCAAGCCAGGCACGGCCUUGGCAGGAUGAGGACCUCUUUGGCGGACGUCUCCAAUGCAACAUUAUCCGCCGCCCUGCAAUCCUACCAUGCCUUUGCUUUCGAUGCUGCUUAUUCCUUCAUCAUUGCCAUCAACCAGAUGCUCCUCAGAGGGGUUCCAGAACAUGCUGUGAGGGGCCAAGCGCUUCUCGAGGAGCUGAGAGGCUUGAACUUCAGUGGUGUCUCAGGUGACGUGGGCUUUGAUUCCAACGGGGAUCGUCUAGCAUCAUACGAGCUCCUGAAUAUGCAGGGGGACGCGCUCGCGCCUGUGGCAUCCUCUGUAGCCGUCUUCAGCACAUCUGCGCUCGAGUUCUCUUUUCGGAGUCGAAGCGGGCUAGUAUGGAUGAAUGGUCUUCCAGGUGCAAAUCCGCCAGAAGACUUGCUAGCUUGCGAUGCUGGUUUUUUCAAGGAGGAGCUCUCCCGUCAAUGCCGACCCUGCCCCAGAGGUACGAUGUGUCCGGGUGGAGUUGAUGCCCAGUUUCGGGCCUGUCCGAAAGGAACUUUCACAAACGAGACCGGAAUGACGGAAUGCUUGUUGUGCUUGGAGGGCUUUGCUGCUCGUGAAGUUGGCUCGGUCGAGUGUACGGAGUGCCAGCCAGGCUACGAAGCCCCGAUGCAGGGCAUGGAGGCGUGCACGCGCUGCGAGCUGGGCUUUUUCAUGCCUUCUGUACAGGGCACCCGAUGCCUGGCCUGCAGAGAGAACCAGACCACACUCUACAGCGGGGCGGAGGCUGCAUCGGAAUGCCUUUGCCCAGAAGGCUUCUUCAUGUGCCAGGGUGCUGGAUGCAUCCCGUGUCCUGACGGGCUCUACUGCCCCACUGGCUUGGGGACGCCCCGUCAAGUCGCUGGCUUCUGGACAGCGAGUCCAGGGCCUGGUCAGUGCGACUUCAGUGUCCUCCGCUGCCGAGAUGACGCAGAAUGCCCAGCGGGGCCGCUUGGCCUCUGUGCAUCCGGCAGGGAAGGACUUGCAUGCAAUAACUGCAACGAGAACCACUUUCCUGGCGACGAUGGGACCUGUCAAGCAUGUGCAGAUGUCGACGUGCUUCCUACGCUCUUGGUUCUACUGCUGGCCUUGAGUCUGUUGCUUCUUCUCAUUUGCACGCACGUCGACCCGAAUCAGCAAAGCCCCCCGGAGAAAAAAGAUGAACGAGUUUUCUUCUACUCCGGAUCUAGUCUCAAUGUUCUCACGGCAGCUGCGAUUUUCAGUCAGAUCAUCAUUUCCAUUCAGGCUUUGGGAUCCAUCCGGAAGCUUGCCAUCGCCUGGCAAGAACCAGCCAAGACCAUCGUGGAGUUUACAAGACUCCUUACCUUCGAUUUCGACAUCAUCAGCGUCGUGAACAUGUGCGGGUUGCUUUUCUUCGCAUUUUUCCUCUCCAUCGCUUUGACAAGCUUGAGUCCUUUUCGAUGCACGCGGAAUCCAGACGGAAGCACUUCGAUGGUUUCAGACCCAGGCAUCAUAUGCUAUGAGUCCGAAGAACAUGCAGUGCUGGUGGCCUUGGCGGUGGCAGGCAUUCUAACUCAGCCAGCGGUGAUUUUAGCAUGGACGUCCCACGCCACGUUCAUGUACCCAUCGCGCGUAGCCAGUGGGAACGGCUUACGGCAAGUGCACCGACAUCGCUUCCUCUUCCAUCGCUUCAAGCCUGAGAGCUUCUAUUUUGGCUUGGUCUUAUUGUACCGGAACGGAAUUGUGGCAGUGCUCCCCGUGAUUUCUGUUGGCAUUGUGGAGCUGCAGGUCGUUGACAUGCUGUUGACGGUGCUCUUGCUGGUGAUCUUGCUGGGGGCUGCGCCUUUGUUGAGCAUCGACUUCCAGAAUUCCUCUCAGGUCCUGGGGUGGCUCCUUUGCAUCCCAAUUUUCGGUUUGCUUCUUGUUGGACUGGCCGGUCUGUCCAGGGUGGCGCUCCGCCACUUUUACCCAGCCGCUCAGUAUGGGGUUUUCUUGUGUCACCACAAGGGCGGCGCGGGCAGCUUGUGCCGACUCAUGAAGCUCAUUAUUGCCAGACACACUUCCACUCCUGUGUUUUUGGAUUGCGACCAGUUAGAGAAUUUAGAUUUCCUCUUCGACAUCAUUCGGACCUCAACGAACAGUGUUGCGGCGGUGCUGACGCCCGAACUGCUGCGCAGGGCGCCUUGGCUGAUGGCCACGGCUUCUUGGGACAGUGAGUUUACGUUCCAAGAUGUUCUGUCGGCGACCACUUGCUACAACCGUCAGCUGAGGUUUGGUGUGGAGGCGCAGAAGUUGAUUCCAACUCUGUGGACACCUCAACAGAAGCAAAUCCUUGCCAACUACGGCGUGGAGAUUGAAGACGUGCACGCAGCAUACGUGGGCAGACGUGAGGAAGCGGUUCUCGAGUUGCGGCGAAUCACCUCCACGCCUGUCCUACAUAGUACAGACGCUGCAAGGGCUCGAAUUCUCAUCACAAGCUCUGUGGCUGAUGCCGAAUGCCUCUCUGCAUGCGAAGUCUUCCAGAUCAUGCUUCAGGCCUAUUUGCAAGUGGAGUGUGCAGUCGUCCACGGCUCCCGGCAGAUGAUUCAUUGGAAGCCCUACGCAUAUUACCUGGUUGUGUUGCUCUUUCGCGGCAUUUUCCGGGAUGCCGGCUUCCAGCGGAUCUUGACUGCAGCCUUCGCGGCUCCAGGGCGCCGCCUGGAGCUGGUCACGGUGCUGGCGGACUCGCACUUUGACUUCCCAUCGCUCGAGGACUCCGUGGACUCUGGGGAUUGGAAUCCGGUUCGACGAAGCCUCACCGACGAGACCAGCAGCCCCUCGCAGCAGCUGGCUGAAGCACAGCGCGAGCUGCUCACCGUCUUGGCUUUGCCGUUCUCGCCUUUGGCAUCCGAGGGCCUUCAGCACAAGCAAGUCGCAGAGGAGCCGGCCAAGGCGGCCAGUCUCGACGAGGCAGAUGAUGCGAGACUGGCUGCCGAGGUAGAGAUGGGCGCGAAGAACUCCGACACGCUUGCCUGGGACGCGGGGGAGGGGGAACCUGCUUGGGCAGGGGACCCAGAAGAAGGUGUCACCGAGGUGCAUGCGGACCUGUCGCUGAGAAGCGACUCAUUGUCCAUUUGCGUCACGGCACGUCUGAGCUGGCACCUGGCCAGAGUUCAAAGCGAGGGCAGCGACAAAACAUCAGCUGCCGGCACGUGCCCGCAGGGGCGAGCGAGACACGAGCGAGACUGGAGCCUUGAGAGUCCCGUGCCGAAUUCCACAGCACAGGGGAAGAUCACGCGGGUCGCUGCGCUCUCUUUCGGCAGAAUGCUGGUACUGGUAGAAGUGAUGUUUCGAGUGUGCGCGCUUGCUCUUUGUGCUCUGCGACUCUGCAGAUCUGAGUUGUCCUUGGGAGCUUUGGGCGCCUGGACGGCCUACGAGCCUGACCUACUCGUGGCAAUCGUCGCCGCCCAUUUGGAUUUCCAAAAGAAUUGGAAUGCCUCCGUCGCAUCUCGCUUUGGCCCGCCGAUUCUUGAAGUCCCCUUUCCCGGAGUGCAUCCCGACGCAAGGAAGAUACGGCUUCGCAUCGGGACAACACACGCCAGGCAAGACAUAGGUGUGGCCACAGCCUUGGACAUGAUGUUGGGCCUGGACGGUGAGCAAGCUGUUAGCGGUCUCAUCGGAGCGAGCUUGUCUUCAGUCAGCAUGCCAAUUGCCACCAUGGCUGCCGUUCAGCAAGUACCUCAGGUGUCCUUCUCAGCGACGAGCUUUGCUUUGUCCAACAAGGACGCUUACCCCUACUUCUUGCGAACAGCCCCACCUGACAACAUCCAGGCUCUGGCCAUCUGGAGAUGGAUUUUGCAGUUCCAGGUGGUGCUGGCGACUUGCCUCUACACGACGGAGAGUUACGGCCAAGGCUUGUACAACUUCCUGACAGAGCUGGCGCAGGCCGACGACCAACAAGACCGAGUGCAGGGCCAAGGCCUCAAAGAUCUCUUUGAAGAGCAGGAGGCCCGGAGGGUGCUACGAAUCGCUCGGCGCAUGGGCUCCCGCUUUAUCAUCCUGAUGCUCACCCAGUCCAUGGCCACAGGACUCAUUCCCAUUCUCGGUGAAGAAGGUAUGUUGACUGCGAACUGGCAGAUCCUCGGCGCAGACUCGAUGGCAUCCUCCAGGAUCACUCGACUUCUGCCUGUUGGCUUUAUGUUUUUCCUGUCGGAUGGACGCGGCGAACGAUUUCCUGACUUUAAGCGGCUCUGGGACAUGCUUGAACCGGAGGAUAUUUUGGGUGCAGAGAGCCAAGCGACAUACCGGCUGGACAAAAUGAGAGAGCCAUUGGCAAAUGGAUCUGUCGAGAGAGUGCUCUCGGAUCUGUCAGACCUUUCAGCUUAUGCAGCCUUUUCCUUCGAUGCAGUCUACGCCUUCAUCAUCGCCAUCAACCAGCUCCUGCAUGCUGGAGUAGCAGCUGAUGCCAUUCGGGGCCAAGUACUCUUGGAGGAAAUGCGCAGGACGAGCUUCACAGGAGUCUCCGGUGAGGUGAGCUUCGACGAGAAUGGCGACCGCUUGUCCGCAUACCAGCUCUGGAACAUGAAAACGGGCACAACUCCUCAAGGGCAACCUGCCGUUGAGGCUGUCGUCGCAGCCUCCUUCAGCGCUUCGACCUUAAACUUUACUUUCAUUGACGGGCUGGUGUGGAUGGAUGGAUCCCAAGCGUCUCAACCCCCGCCGGAGCUCUAUUCCUGUGACCCUGGCUCCCUCUUUGCCAUGUCCAAGGGGAACUUUCGCAAACAGCACAGGAAACACGGCCUGCCUUCCCUGGGCUUUUACAUGCCCUCCGUACUGGGCACCCAAUGCCUGCCCUGUGGACAGAACCAGAUCACGCUCUACAGUGGUGCAGUUGAGGAGGAUGAAUGUGUCUGUCCCGAAGGUUCCUUCAUGUGCCAGGAUGGUCGCGGCUCACGCGGCUGCACACCCUGCGUUGAGGGACUCGACUGCCCAGUUGGCUCGGAAAUCCCUCAGCAACGGGGUGGCUUCUGGACGGAGUUUUCUGGCGCUGGGCAGUGUGACUUCGUGGUGCUCCGCUGCCGAUGCCGAGAUCAGAAAGAGUGCCCACCGGGGCCACUCGGCGUCUGCGCGCCCGGCAGGGAGGGACUGGCCUGCAACAACUGCAAGGAAAAGUAUUUCCCAGCAGAAGGCGGAUGUGAGCCUUGCGGCGAGGUAGACAUCCUUCCCGCCCUCCUCUUCCUGGUGGUGGUGCUUGUUGCACUUUUCCUUCUCAGCAUCUCCAGCUUGGAGCCAAACCAAGUGAGCAGCCAGGAAGCAUUUGCCGCCAUUGCCUUUAAUGCAUAUUCUGGGCGGAGAGUUGGCAGCGUGCCUCCCGUGACAUUGUUUGUUGCGGUUCUUGGAUGUUCCUGGCACAUCCGGCAUGUCUUGCUUUUGCGGGCAUCCUGCCCGGAAUGCCUGAACACGCUGACAGCCUUUGCCGUCACGAGUCAGCUGGUGAUGGCAGUUCAAUCUUUGGGUUCCAUCCGUGAGUUAGCAUUGGAGUGGCAGGAGCCUGUGAAGACUCUUAUUGACCUUUCGAAGGUCUUUGCCUUUGAUUUGCACAUCAUACGCAUCACGUGCUUCUAUGGAACAGAUACUCCUGCUCUGCAUUUCAUUAGUCAAAUGCUCGCCUGUCCAGCUGCAUGCGGUGUUCUGUUGUGCAGCUGGCUGGUGUCAAAGCUCUGUGGGCGUCCCAAGCCGAUGGACACCAUCCUGAACCACUGUGGCUUGCUCUUCUUUGCAUUUUACCUGUCCAUCACCCUGACUACAAUUAUGCCUUUUCAGUGCGUGCCAAAUCCCGAUGGCCGGCUUUCCAUGUCAAACAACCCUGGAAUUGUUUGCUACGAGUCCGACGAGCACUCUGUGCUUGUUGCAUUGGCCGUGAUUGGAUUUCUGUCGCAGCCUGCGGCUGUGUUGGCAUGGGCAACUUUCGCCAUCAUGAUGUACCCACGGCGUGUGGCUACGGGGAGAGGCCUUCGCAUGGUGAACAAGCACCGAUUCCUCUUCCACCGCUUCAAGCCAGCAAAUUAUUACUUUGGCCUCGUCCUUCUCUAUCGCAACGGCCUGGUCGCCAUUCUGCCUGUUGUACUCGUCGGGCUUCCGUCGCUCCAGGUUCCGCUUAUGGGUGCAGUCUUGCUUGCAAGCACAGCAAUUCAGGCACACUUGUGUCCGUGGCGCACAGCAAGAGCGAAUCUGGUUGACUUCCUUUUGACAUCCUUUCUUCUUGUGACUCUAUUGGGGGCCGCUCCGCUCUUGCAGACAAGCGAAAAAGAUGCUCUUGCGGUGCUCAGCUGGAUGCUUUGCAUCCCUGUGCUUGGAAUCUUGGUCGUGGCUUUGAGUGCACUUGCACGGACAGCCAUGAUGCACUUCCAGAAAAGGCUCCUGUUUGGCAUUUUCCUUUGCCACCACAAAGGUGGCGCAGGAAGCUUGUGCCGACUGAUGAAGAUCUUAAUUGCCCGGCACACUUCCACGCGUGUUUUUCUGGAUUGCGACCAGUUGGAGAAUUUGGAUUUCCUCUUCGACAUCAUUCGGACCUCAACGAAAAGUGUCGUGGUCGUGUUGACACCGGAGUUGCUUCGCCGGGUUUGGUGUGGUGGCGAAAUCACUACGGCAUGGAUGAACAAGAUCACCACGGUGCCGCUCGUUUGUGAUGGCUUCCGGCCGCUCUCAGAUGAAGCACAGAAGCUGAUCCCAACUCUGUGGACGCCUCAACAGAAGCAAAUCCUUGCCAACUACGGCGUGGAGAUCGAUGCCGUGCAUGCGGCCUAUGAUUGGUUGCAGCAUGAGUUGAUUCCUCUGGAGAUGCCCCGCUUUGGUCCAGCUCUUCGAAAGCAGGUAACAAGAUCUUCGCAACUCAAUAUCUUGUCCUCGUCCUCUUCAUCAGCCUUCCCUUCAAUCCCUGCAAGAGCCCGGAUUUUAGUUACAAGCUCCGUGACGGAUGCAGAGUCCUUGUCUGCUUGCGAAGUUUUCACGCUGGUGCUGAUGGCUCACCUGCAUGUGGAAUGCGCAGUGGUUCACAACGCACGGCAAAUGUCAAGCUGGAAACCCUUUGCCUACUACUUGGUGGUAUUGCUUUUUCGCGGGAUUUUUCGCGACCAGACCUUUGCCAAGAUCUUGCUGGGCGCUGAUUCCCCUUCACUCCCAAGCGGUCGGAGCUUGGAGCUGGUCUCGGUGAUUCUGGGUUCUCGUAAAGGGAUUAUUUUUUAUUUUAUAGUAGGUUUCCAUUGUGUGCUUUCCGAGAAAGACAGCGCUCAGGUUUACCGCGACUUGCUGAACGUCCUGGCCUUGCCCUUCUCCCCGCUGGCUUCCGAAGGGCUUCAACAGCGGCAAGUUGCGGAGAUUGCAGGGCACCUGCACCGCUACAAGGACAGGCUCGAGAAACCGCGGAAGCCAAAGAUUGUCAAGACUAGACUCUGA